AGGACUAAAAUGUAAAAAUAAUGGCGGUGGAGCGAAUCGCGAAGCUUAUCAACGAGCAUCCCUUCCCGGCGAGGCCGCUUGUUCCUCUUCUCCGGCAACUCCUCCGGCCUCCUCUCCUCUCCGGCGAACUCCUUGAUUCCGUUCUCUCUCGACUCCUUGCCGCUCACGGCAAUGGCCUUAAAGCCCUCGAAGUUUUUCGUUUCUCGCUUCGCCACCUCCCUCCCUCGUCUUCCUCUUUUCACACCACUCUCCACGCCCUCGCUCGCAUGAGAGCCUUCGGUGAAUCUUGGGAGCUCUUGCAGCACGCGCGGGAUCGAUACCCUUCUCUUUUGACACCCAAAGCACUGGUCCUCCUCCUGUCCAAGCUUGCAAAGUUCCGAUCUUUCGACGAAACAGUGCGAUCCUUUGAAGAACUGGAAAAAAUUUGGAUGGGCGCUGGCAAAGAGUUCGGCGUCCAUGAAUUCAAUGCUCUUCUGAGGGCGCUUUGCUCGCAGAAGCGAAUGGCUGAAGCCAAGGCGGUCUUCCACAAGAUGCACGCGAGGUGUUCGGCCAAUGUCCGGACUAUGAAUAUACUGCUUUUAGGGUUCAAGGAUUCAGGGAAUGUCAUGGCAAUGGAGUUGUUCUAUCAUGAGAUGGUGGUGAGAGGGUUUGAGCCCAAUGUAGCUAGCUACAAUAUUAGGAUAGAUGCUUAUUGCAAGAAGGGAAGGUUCUCUGAUGCAAUGGAGGUGUUGGAGGAGAUGGAAAUGAAGCAUUGUGUGCCUACAGUGGAAACAUUCACUACUCUCAUCCAUGGGGCAGGGGUUGUGAGGAAUUCGGUUCGUGCCCAUGAAUUGCUUGAUGAAAUGCUUCGUAGAGGAUUGUCUCCUGAUGUUGCUGUUUACAAUGCAUUGUUAAGCUCUUUCUUGCGAUGCAGAGAUUUGAAUUCAGCAAUGCAGUUGAUGUGUGAGAUGGAGGAGAAGGGAAUUGGGCUCGACGAUGUGAGCUAUUACACUAUGUUUUGUGCAUUGAAGAGGUUCGGAGAGAUUGACAAGGUUUAUAAUCUCUAUGGUAAGAUGGUGGAUAGAAACUUUGUACCGAAGAUGAGAACAGUAGUGCUGUUGAUGAAUUGCUUCUGCGAGGAUAGCCGGCCGGAAAUGGGUCUUAAAUUGUGGGAGUAUAUGGUGGACAAAGGGUUCUGCCCCCAUGGACAUGCAUUGGACCUAUUGGUGACCAGUAUGUGUUGCAAAGGCAGAGUGGAAGAUGCAUACAAGUGUUUUAAGCAAUUGACAGAGAGAGGAAGGUGCCCGCCAGAAAGGAGUUUUCGGGUGUUGGAGGGAUUUCUAGUUCGCCGGAAGGACACAGAGAAGAUCGAGGAGCUUUGCAAGAUGAUGAAGGGAUUGCAGAGCCUUGUGCCUCAAUCUUGUUAAUGUUUCUGAUAUUGAAAGGCCAGUUUAAAUGAAUGAUGAGCUUGAGGAUCAUUUCUGUUUCCCAACCUCAAAUGAGUACUCACUGACAAAAAUAUGUAAAAUUGUUUGAGUUCAAAGUUAAUUCAGCUUGGUUUUUAAUUAUAAUUACAUGUACAGUCUAUUCUUACUAAUAAAGAAAAAGCAAAACAAAGAUUGUGAUUGUUAUUUGGCUGUCAAUAAAUAUGAAGGAAUCAUGUGACAAAAAAAUGAAGAAAGGAAAAUAGAAAGAAGCUUCACAACAACCAAUCAACAUUAAGAUUCCAAAUUCUCAAAUCCUAACACUUUCAUAAAAUCUAAAUCUUUGCAUCUCAUGUCUACCAAUCUUGUUCAUUGAAUGUGGCAUUUGGGUUGGUUGCAAGAUAUUAUUUGUUAAAAAUUGUGUGCAGAUGAAGAAUCUCCAACCAAGAGCCUAUCCUUGUCCAAGCAAAUCAAACCAUCAAAUUAUAAUUAAUGUUAUCAAUUCGAUAUCUUCAAGCACUACUAAUUGUGCUUUUUCUAAAGUAGUCAAAAAAAAAUUUCCAUUUUUUACUGACCGAUCUAUUUAUACUCUUUUGUUGUACUUCCAUCUUAAUAUAUAUAAUAAUGUAUGUUUCCAAUUAAGAGAUUCCUCUAGUUUGAAAUUCCAUUGAUUAAUUUGAAUAAUUGAAGGCAUGUGAUAAUUGUCCUUGCUUUAAUCUUGGUCCAAUCUUAUGAAACACAUGUAGAACGAUGAGCUAUUUUCAAAUCUAUGAUCUGUCAACCAAAUAUUAAUGGACUAAAAUGCAGAUAAUUACAAAUAUGAGUAAUGCAAUUUUGUCUUGUUUGGAUUUGGAAACAUCUAAUUAUCUUCAAAUGAGUGGCGCUGAUUAUUAUUUCAUUAUUUUCAUUAUUUAUAUAUUUGUUUGUUAUUCCAAUCAAUGUUUCUGUGGAUUUGCCAUGUAAUUAGCUCGAUUCGUUGAAGUAUUUGUAUUAAUGUUUCACUAUUCAUGGAAUCAAAAACAGUUGUUGGUUUCAGAUGCUUCUGCACAUGAACAAUUAAUAUUGUUGCCUCACUGACUUAAAUUACUGUUCGGUGUCAUUUCCAUUUUUCACCAUUUUUCACCAAAGUCAAUACAUUUAUAAAAGAUUGUAACGAUAGAUAAUAAUGCCAAGAAUGCGUUGAGAUUUUCUUAGGAUGUGUUGUCCUUUUUUUUAAAAGACAUGUAGAUUAUUGUGAUCACAUGCUUUGCCUCUCAUAGUUUUGUGUCGUUGAGUGAGAUUAAUCGGUUUAUAGAUAAUCUAUGUUUUCUUUUGUUUUUCCAUGCUUCCCCAUGAUCCUGCGCCAUUAUUAUAAUGCAUUGAUCUUUAGAUUUCUCCACCUUUUCCUUGCCUUGCCCUUAAACAGCCUGCCAUGCUUGCAUUAUUUUUCUAGCUUCUUUUGAAUUAGUCUUCGAACUUGGAUUCCUCCAUCUAUUAUAAAUCUUUAGCUGAGACAAACCAUGAUGAUUGAACAAUGAUUUUGAUGGGCUUGAUUUAUUAUUUAUGGGAAUGCCAUAAAGAGUUUCAGAGACAAAAAAAGAUGCUUCAUGAUGUGCGGAAUUUGAGCUUGAAGUGAUGGGAAGACAAAUACUUUGCCGAAGUCAAAAGUAUUUAGUACUCAAUGGACCGAUUUCUCAAACAAUACAACCGGAAAUAUGUAAAGAAGGUGAUGAUUGAUCAACAAGAGAUAUUCAAACAACAGGUAUGCGAACUCCAUCGAUUAUACAAAGUUCAGAAGAUGCUAAUGAUCGAGACAAACUAUAAAUUUCGUCAAACAUACGAUGAAUCCAUGGUUGAAUGCAAACUGAAAGAAUGCGACAUUGAUUUAACAUUAAGUAUUGGUUGUAAGAUGAGUUCGGAGAGUUGAUUUUUGUUUUUUUGUUUUUUUUUUAGUUGUUUAAUUGUGAUGAAAAUUGCCACAAAUUAGACUUUGAAAUUGAA